GGGCGCGGGGAGCGCUCCAAGAUGGCGCCCACCGCAGUCCCGCCCGCCGCAGCCUCGGCGCCUCUGCAGUCCGGCCGCGCCUCCCGGGCCCCGCGCUAGGGCCGCCGCCGCCUCGCCCGCAGCCGCCGCCGCCGCCAGCUGGCCUGUCCUGGACUCAGCAUAACUAACGAAGCUGCUGCAGGAUGAGAAGAUGGCAGCGCGGCUGCUCGCACCACCAGGCCCUGACAGUUUCAAGCCUUUCACCCCCGAGUCGCUGGCAAACAUCGAGAGGCGCAUUGCUGAAAGCAAGCUCAAGAAGCCCCCAAAGGCGGAUGGCAGUCAUCGGGAAGAUGACGAAGAUAGCAAGCCCAAGCCCAACAGCGACUUGGAAGCAGGGAAGAGUUUGCCUUUCAUCUAUGGGGACAUCCCCCAAGGCCUGGUUGCGGUUCCCCUGGAGGACUUUGACCCAUACUAUUUGACGCAGAAAACCUUUGUAGUAUUAAACAGAGGGAAAACUCUCUUCAGAUUUAGUGCCACGCCUGCCUUGUACAUUUUAAGCCCUUUUAACCUGAUAAGAAGAAUAGCUAUUAAAAUUUUGAUACAUUCAGUCUUCAGCAUGAUCAUCAUGUGCACUAUCCUGACCAACUGUGUGUUCAUGACCUUUAGUAACCCACCUGAGUGGUCCAAGAAUGUGGAGUACACAUUCACAGGGAUCUACACAUUCGAGUCACUAGUGAAAAUCAUCGCAAGAGGUUUCUGCAUAGACGGCUUCACCUUCUUACGAGACCCCUGGAACUGGUUAGACUUCAGUGUCAUCAUGAUGGCAUAUGUGACAGAGUUUGUGGACCUGGGCAAUGUCUCAGCGCUGAGAACAUUCAGAGUUCUCCGAGCUUUGAAAACUAUCUCUGUCAUUCCAGGCCUGAAGACAAUUGUAGGCGCCCUCAUUCAGUCUGUGAAGAAGCUGUCUGAUGUGAUGAUCUUGACCGUGUUCUGCUUGAGUGUUUUCGCCCUGAUUGGCCUGCAGCUGUUCAUGGGGAAUCUUCGAAACAAGUGUGUGGUGUGGCCCAUAAACUUUAACGAGAGCUAUCUUGAAAAUGGCACCAGAGGCUUUGACUGGGAAGAAUACAUCAACAAUAAAACAAACUUUUACACGGUUCCUGGCAUGCUGGAACCCUUGCUCUGUGGGAACAGUUCCGAUGCUGGGCAAUGCCCAGAGGGAUACCAGUGUAUGAAAGCAGGAAGGAACCCCAACUAUGGCUACACAAGCUUCGACACUUUCAGCUGGGCCUUCUUGGCAUUAUUUCGCCUUAUGACCCAGGACUACUGGGAGAACUUGUAUCAGUUGACCUUACGAGCGGCUGGGAAAACAUACAUGAUUUUCUUUGUCUUGGUCAUCUUUGUGGGUUCUUUCUACUUGGUGAACUUAAUCUUGGCUGUGGUGGCCAUGGCUUACGAAGAGCAGAACCAGGCAACGUUGGAAGAGGCCGAGCAAAAAGAAGCUGAGUUCAAAGCAAUGCUGGAGCAGCUCAAGAAGCAGCAGGAAGAAGCCCAGGCUGCUGCGAUGGCCACUUCAGCAGGCACUGUCUCAGAAGAUGCUAUUGAAGAAGAAGGUGAAGAUGGGGUUGGCUCUCCCCGGAGCUCAUCUGAACUUUCUAAACUCAGCUCAAAGAGUGCCAAGGAGCGGAGGAACAGACGGAAGAAGAGGAAGCAGAAGGAGCUCUCUGAGGGGGAAGAGAAAGGAGACCCUGAGAAGGUGUUUAAGUCAGAGUCGGAAGAUGGUAUGAGAAGGAAGGGCUUCAGGCUGCCAGACAACAGGAUAGGGAGGAAGUUUUCCAUCAUGAAUCAGUCGCUGCUGAGCAUCCCAGGCUCACCCUUCCUCUCCCGCCACAACAGCAAAAGCAGCAUCUUCAGCUUCCGGGGCCCCGGGAGGUUCCGAGACCCUGGCUCAGAGAACGAGUUCGCAGACGAUGAGCACAGCACGGUGGAGGAGAGCGAGGGCCGGCGCGACUCGCUCUUCAUCCCGAUCCGGGCCCGCGAGCGCCGCAGCAGCUACAGCGGCUACAGCGGCUACAGCCAGUGCAGCCGUUCCUCACGCAUCUUCCCCAGCCUGCGGCGCAGCGUGAAGCGCAACAGCACCGUGGACUGCAAUGGCGUGGUGUCGCUCAUCGGGCCAGGCUCCCACAUCGGGCGGCUCCUGCCUGAGGCAACAACUGAGGUGGAAAUCAAGAAGAAAGGCCCUGGGUCUCUCUUAGUCUCCAUGGACCAGCUUACCUCCUAUGGACGGAAGGACAGAAUCAAUAGCAUAAUGAGUGUCGUCACAAAUACGCUAGUGGAAGAGCUGGAAGAGUCUCAGAGGAAAUGCCCACCAUGCUGGUAUAAGUUUGCCAACACUUUCCUCAUCUGGGAGUGUCACCCCUACUGGAUAAAACUGAAAGAGAUUGUGAACUUGAUCGUCAUGGACCCCUUUGUAGACUUAGCCAUCACCAUCUGCAUUGUUCUGAAUACACUGUUUAUGGCAAUGGAACAUCAUCCCAUGACACCACAAUUCGAGCACGUCUUGGCCGUAGGAAAUCUGGUGUUCACUGGGAUCUUCACGGCAGAGAUGUUCCUGAAGCUCAUAGCCAUGGAUCCCUACUACUAUUUCCAAGAAGGCUGGAACAUCUUUGACGGAUUUAUUGUGUCCCUCAGUUUGAUGGAGCUGGGUCUCGCGGAUGUGGAGGGGCUGUCAGUGCUGCGCUCCUUCCGAUUGCUCCGAGUCUUCAAAUUGGCCAAGUCCUGGCCCACCCUGAACAUGUUGAUCAAGAUCAUUGGGAACUCCGUUGGUGCCCUGGGCAACCUGACCUUGGUGCUAGCCAUCAUUGUGUUCAUCUUCGCUGUGGUGGGGAUGCAGCUCUUUGGGAAGAGCUACAAGGAGUGCGUGUGCAAGAUCAACCAGGACUGCGAACUGCCACGCUGGCACAUGAAUGACUUCUUCCACUCCUUCCUCAUCGUCUUUCGCGUGCUGUGCGGGGAGUGGAUCGAGACCAUGUGGGAUUGCAUGGAGGUGGCCGGCCAGGCCAUGUGCCUCAUUGUCUUUAUGAUGGUCAUGGUCAUCGGCAACUUGGUGGUGCUGAACCUAUUUCUGGCCUUGCUUCUGAGCUCCUUCAGUGCAGACAACCUAGCAGCCACAGAUGACGACGGGGAGAUGAACAAUCUGCAGAUCUCUGUCAUCCGAAUCAAGAAGGGGGUGGCUUGGACCAAAGUAAAGGUGCACGCCUUCAUGCAGGCACACUUUAAGCAGCGGGAGGCGGACGAGGUAAAACCUCUAGAUGAACUGUACGAAAAGAAGGCCAAUUGCAUCGCCAACCACACUGGUGUGGACAUCCACCGGAAUGGCGACUUCCAGAAGAAUGGCAACGGUACAACCAGCGGCAUCGGCAGCAGCGUGGAGAAGUACAUCAUCGACGAGGACCAUAUGUCCUUCAUCAACAACCCAAACUUGACCGUCCGGGUGCCCAUUGCUGUGGGCGAGUCUGACUUUGAGAACCUCAACACCGAGGACGUUAGCAGCGAGUCAGACCCUGAAGGCAGCAAAGAUAAACUGGAUGACACCAGCUCCUCUGAGGGAAGCACCAUCGAUAUCAAGCCCGAGGUGGAAGAAGUCCCUGUGGAGCAGCCUGAGGAAUACUUGGAUCCGGACGCCUGCUUCACAGAGGGUUGUGUCCAGCGGUUCAAGUGCUGCCAGGUCAACAUUGAGGAAGGGCUAGGCAAGUCCUGGUGGAUCCUUCGGAAGACCUGCUUCCUCAUUGUAGAGCACAAUUGGUUUGAGACCUUCAUCAUCUUCAUGAUCUUGCUCAGCAGUGGUGCCCUGGCCUUCGAGGACAUCUACAUUGAGCAGAGGAAGACCAUCCGCACCAUCCUGGAGUAUGCAGACAAGGUCUUUACCUACAUCUUCAUCCUGGAGAUGCUACUCAAAUGGACAGCCUAUGGCUUCGUCAAGUUCUUCACCAAUGCCUGGUGCUGGCUGGACUUCCUCAUCGUGGCUGUCUCUUUAGUCAGCCUUAUAGCUAAUGCCCUGGGCUACUCGGAACUAGGUGCCAUAAAGUCCCUUAGGACCCUAAGAGCAUUGAGACCCCUAAGAGCCUUAUCACGAUUUGAAGGGAUGAGGGUGGUGGUGAAUGCCUUGGUGGGCGCCAUCCCCUCCAUCAUGAAUGUGCUGCUGGUGUGUCUCAUCUUCUGGCUGAUUUUCAGCAUCAUGGGAGUCAACCUGUUUGCGGGAAAGUACCACUACUGCUUCAACGAGACCUCAGAAAUCCGCUUUGAAAUUGACAUCGUCAACAAUAAAACGGACUGUGAGAAGCUCAUGGAGGGCAACAACACAGAGAUCAGGUGGAAGAACGUGAAGAUCAACUUUGACAACGUGGGGGCCGGGUACCUGGCCCUCCUUCAGGUGGCAACCUUCAAAGGCUGGAUGGACAUCAUGUACGCAGCUGUAGAUUCCCGAAAGCCGGACGAACAGCCUAAGUACGAGGACAAUAUCUACAUGUACAUCUACUUCGUCAUCUUCAUCAUCUUCGGCUCCUUCUUCACCCUCAACCUGUUCAUUGGUGUCAUCAUCGAUAACUUCAAUCAACAGAAGAAAAAGUUUGGAGGCCAGGACAUCUUCAUGACAGAGGAGCAGAAGAAGUACUACAACGCCAUGAAGAAGCUGGGCUCCAAGAAGCCCCAGAAGCCCAUCCCCCGCCCCUUGAACAAAAUCCAAGGGAUUGUCUUUGAUUUUGUCACUCAACAAGCCUUUGACAUCGUGAUCAUGAUGCUCAUCUGCCUUAACAUGGUGACGAUGAUGGUGGAGACAGACACUCAGAGCAAGCAGAUGGAGAACAUUCUCUACUGGAUCAAUCUGGUCUUCGUCAUCUUCUUCACCUGUGAGUGUGUGCUCAAAAUGUUUGCCUUGAGGCACUACUACUUCACCAUCGGCUGGAACAUCUUUGACUUCGUGGUGGUCAUCCUAUCCAUUGUGGGAAUGUUCCUGGCUGAUAUCAUUGAGAAAUACUUUGUUUCCCCAACCCUGUUCCGAGUCAUCCGAUUGGCCCGCAUUGGGCGCAUCUUGCGUCUGAUCAAAGGUGCCAAAGGGAUUCGUACCCUGCUCUUUGCCUUAAUGAUGUCAUUGCCUGCCCUGUUCAACAUUGGCCUUCUGCUCUUCCUCGUUAUGUUCAUUUUCUCCAUCUUUGGGAUGUCCAAUUUCGCAUAUGUGAAACACGAGGCUGGCAUCGAUGACAUGUUCAACUUCGAGACAUUCGGCAACAGCAUGAUCUGCCUGUUUCAGAUCACAACCUCGGCCGGUUGGGACGGCCUGCUGCUGCCAAUCCUAAACCGCCCCCCUGACUGCAGCCUAGACAAGGAACACCCAGGAAGUGGCUUCAAAGGGGACUGCGGGAACCCCUCAGUGGGCAUCUUCUUCUUUGUCAGCUACAUCAUCAUCUCCUUCCUGAUCGUGGUGAACAUGUACAUUGCCAUCAUCUUGGAGAACUUCAGUGUGGCCACAGAAGAGAGUGCCGAUCCGCUGAGUGAGGAUGACUUUGAGACUUUCUAUGAGAUCUGGGAGAAGUUUGACCCUGAUGCCACCCAGUUCAUCGAGUACUGUAAACUGGCAGACUUUGCAGAUGCCCUGGAGCAUCCUCUCCGAGUGCCCAAGCCCAACACCAUCGAGCUCAUCGCCAUGGACCUGCCCAUGGUAAGCGGGGAUCGCAUCCACUGUUUGGACAUCCUUUUCGCCUUCACCAAGAGAGUCCUGGGAGACAGCGGGGAGCUGGACAUCCUGCGGCAGCAGAUGGAGGAGCGGUUUGUGGCAUCCAAUCCUUCCAAAGUGUCCUAUGAGCCUAUCACAACCACUCUGCGGCGCAAGCAGGAAGAGGUGUCCGCGGUGGUCCUGCAGCGUGCCUACAGGGGACAUUUGGCUAGGCGGGGCUUCAUCUGCAGAAAGAUUACCUCCAGUAAGCUGGAGAACGGAGGCACACACCGGGAGAAAAAGGAAAGCACCCCGUCCACGGCCUCGCUCCCCUCUUAUGACAGUGUAACAAAACCUGACAAGGAGAAGCAGCAGCGGGCAGAGGAAGGAAGAAGGGAAAGAGCCAAGAGGCAAAAAGAGGUCAGAGAGUCCAAGUGUUAGAGGAUAACGGGAAGGGAGCUUACACUGGCCUAACCCAGGCAAGUGACAGCUUGUUUGUGAACUUCCUGAUCUCACGGAUACAGAGCAGCUGUGGAGACCUGUGCCGGAAGACCUAGACCAAACAGUCUGCUUACGUGGGACCCUGCUCCCUGGACUCAAGAUUUUCUAUUGCUUGGACAGGUGGUUACUGCAUGUUCCACACUCAGUCAAUGCAACUUAGGACUACACUAACAGGAUACAAAACAGAGGCGGCUGCCGGGACCAGCAGAUUGCCGGGCAGCCAAAUGGAUUUUAUUUUUUCAUUUGUUAAUUCUCAGAAGCAGAAAGCAUCAUUUUAAAAGUUUGUUCAUGCAAACAAAUUUUGCAUUCUUACAUUAGUUAAGCUAAGCAGCAAAAAGAAACACACACACACACACAUUCAGCCAAUGUCACUAAUUGUCUAUUUCUUUGACAUAAACAGCAUCUUCUCCACAUGGGCGUCACGUGGUUUGGAGAUGGGUGGGGGAAACAAUCAGGGUUUUUCAGGCUGAGGAGGACUUGCUCAGGCCAAUUCCAAACAUUGUGCUCGUUCAAUGCGUAGAAAUGAUUUGCAUGAUGGCAUGCCGUGAUCAGAAGUCAUGCAUGAGAUCCAUACACACCCCUGCAUUGGCUCGGCCUUUGGACAGGACCCAGCCCUGCACCGUUCACUGUAUUUGGGGAAAUGGUAAGAGUUCCAUACCGGCUGCAAGUCUUUCUGAGUUCUUAGAAGUCUUUCAUACCUCUGGGUAGGGAAACAUAACUAACCAAUUGACCACCACCACCAGAACCAAUCCAACCCAACAAGCAGAUGGAUCCGUUGUGUGUACAUGUUUAACAGACAUCUCAACAUACAGCCAUUGUUGCACAUUUUGCAAGGUAAACUAUCUAAUGCUGCUCUGUCCAGAACAUGGGGAGACUCUGGCCCCAAAUGGCUUGUACUAUUAAUGUCACUGUAAAACCAAAUCCUAGGGCUAAAAAAAAAAAAAAAAAAAAAAAAAAAUAGAAAAAGAGUUCAUUUGUAUCUUGCAAUAUUAUAAUGAUUGUUUAGCCUUCAUCCUGGGGAACUGACACUUGGGGAGAGGUAAAAGUGCUAUUCAUAGUAGCAUGUUAUCUCUAGGAGGCCUUUGGGGGAUCAUGGGGUGCUCACGUCAUUCGGUGUCAUGUCUGUCUACAUUAUGGCUUUUCUCAGGCUCAGGUAGAUGUGGGAAGGGGUUCAGGAACUCUAGACCUGCAGAGGGAUUACCACAUGUUCCCAUCUGCUGGUUCUUCCUGCCUCCAUCACAUUCCUUCAGCCAGUGGGACUUCCCUUCUUCCCAGCUGUCCAGGGCUGGGUAAAGGCAGCAGCGUUGCUUGGGGUAUGGCUAUGAGCUCUUCCAUUUUUGAUCUUUAGAAUAAUAGCAGGACCUGAGGUAGAGAUGGAGCCAGCUCUGGGCUGAGCCCACUUAGUCUUGUUACUGCGCUGGCUUUUGUGAGAAAGAGACUCCGUAGUAAUUCUUCCAGGUGUUGCGGCUUCCCUGGCAUUUCCUUUCUGUCCACCUUGCUGUCUGCUUAGUGGCCUGCCCACUGUCAUCGGGAGAUGGCUUCUGAGGAAGCACCACAUCUUCCAUCCCAUCUCCUGCUUUGCGGAAGGCAGCUGUUAGUCCAGGGGCAUCUCACCUGACCACAGGGGUCCAAAGCCAGGAUGCCACACUUGAGCGUCAGAAAGUCUCUCCGAACCAAGUGCACGCCAUCCUUCCUGAGCAUAGGGUAUAAGGAAGUAAGCAGUGCACACUAGACACUCUAGACCAAUCUGCCUCGCAGUAGCAGCACUUUGGAUGUAAUCUCACAGUCCACUCGACUAGUUCCCAUAGAACAAACCACAGGCAGUCAGUGAGCAGAGCUUUCUCUCUUGUUGGACCGGUAGACACUGUCCAGCUGUCCUGAGCGUGCUGAGAGCAGCCUGGCAGUGUAUCCGUGCCGCUGCCGCUAGGGCGAAUCUAGAGAGCCACGUACAGGUGACGUCGUACACAGCACAAAACAGAAGCUGACGUGUGGUUAUUCUUUUUAAGAGAAUUAUAAAUACUGUAAUAUAUAAUUUUAUUUUAUUGGCAUGCCUUUUGUAAAUACAAAUUACUAACUUAUUAAAUAGGAAAUGGCUUCUGGCUUAUGCCAUUGUCAUGUUUAUUUUUAUUUUUAUACUUUCUUUCUUCUUAGAACUAGAUGCUGUCAGCCAAUGUACACCCCAACCAGACAGACAGACAAAAAAUUUUUUAUUGCUAAUGGUCUUUUCCAAAACAACAAAAAUAUAUUUUUGUUCCAAUGUGCAAUAAAUUCUAACCACUUCUAUGCAAGAUUUGGCUAAACUUAAUCAUUGUUCUUAGAUCUUGAGAUGGGCAAUAGCUAUUUGAUCCUGCUAGGAACACCAAGCGCCAUGCUAGUACUGUCGAUAAGCUGCUAGAGCCUAGAUAUGACCGUCCUCCCCUGCUCCUGACCCCUCAGAGAGCUAGCAAGAGCUUCAGGGAAGAAGCCACUCCCACCCACUGAUUAGCCCUCACCUGCUGCCCCCCCUCCCCUUCCCUCCCUGGCUCUCUGUCCAACCCGCUCCACACUUCUGACUUCUGUUCCGUAGGCCACCAUCACCAGCAGUUCUCACCGCAGUCAACAGGCAUUGAACCUAAAGAAUGGCUAUGGCAGUUUUUGGUUGGUCUCUUUUUUGUUUCGUGUCCUCACAGAGUGAGCAAGUGGCAACGCUUUGCCAAAUAUCCAUGAAGCCCAUCAAUCAAAGAGCAGCAGCAGCAGCAGCCAGUACCACUGCACAUAUAUAUAUAGAUAUAUAAAUAUAAUAUAAAUAUUUAUUUUUUUGUAGCCGGGUCCUUGGUGCAGUAUUUAUAUUCCACAAUCUCCUUUAAAAAUAAAAAAGGACAAAAAGCAAAAAGUCAUGUGAUGCUGUUCAUUUAAACGCAGAGCCAAAGCCCGUGAGCAGCAGCCACCAUGACUGCUGGCUGUGUGAAACACUCCCCCUCUUCCUUAACUUCCUGUGGCUUAGGGUGAGGAGACUGGGACUCAGCAGAGGCUGAGAGCAGGGAACCUUCCCGAGUCCACAUGGCCUGCUCUCACCCUCUGGACGCGAGGCCCUUGGGCAUCUGAAGCUGUGGGCAGAGAGAAACAAGCUCUCGAGCAGGGCCCCUGGAGCUACAGUGCCCAGAGGGCUUCUUUCACGUUAUCUCCACAGCCCUUGUCGCCUGUCAGAGACCAAUAGAGUGUUGUUAGUGAAUCCAUGGAGGCCAACGCUGAGCUAAAUGAGACAUGAUUUUAAAAAGUCAAUUACUAUACACCAAAAGGAAACAAUAAAAGUGAUCCUUCUCACCACACAAGGGGAGCCUGUCUCCACGGCUGCUGUUCAACUUGCCCAUUUUUGAGUUCUGGAAGGGUCUAGGAACUGGGGACCCUGGAGCAUUUAGAGAAAGAAGAGCCAGCACCUCCCGAUGCCCUAAGUAGAGACUGCGCAGAAAAGCCAGGUCCUGAUCCCCAGGUCCCUGCUGCCGACUGCAUGUGGCACUCCUUAGGCUGAACCCUCCCUCAGCUGUAUCACCCAGCAGACCCCAGAGAUGACCUCAGUCAACCCAGCUGGACUGGCCUUACUUCUGCCUUGUUCACCGAGAUGAUCUAAGGAAAAACUAGCCCCACCCCCCAAAACUAGCCCCACCCCCAAGCUAGUGCAAGCGCGCUGCCCAGGGGCUCCUACUCCAAGAGCUAGUGCUGGGCCCGCCUCCAUCCGCUCCCGCAAUCAGACCAGCAGACUGGGCUGACCCCUCGGGGACACCCUCUCCAGGCCGUGUCUUCUGGUCUAGGAACACUCAGGAGGAUCUUGAAGUGCCCACUCUAGUCCACUCUAGACGCUGAGUGGAGAGAGAUGGCUGGUAGGUCAAUCCCCAUCUUUGUCCCUCUAUGGAGGGUAAGGACUUGGUGACUUGAGUCCUGGGCAUCUUCUGUAACGAUGCCUCUUUCUUUUCUCAGAUGUUGCCCAAAGUUUUGCAAAAAGCUUCGUUCAUUUUUCAGGUACUCCCCACCCCCUAGAGAAUCAGCUGCCACCAGUCAAUCGGGGAGGGGGGGCUUCGGGAGAAGAGGAAUCUGGGUGUGAGGCCAAAGCUUGCACCAGGCUAGUGCUGCUUGGAUCCGCCUCUCAAGGCUUCCUCCAUUAAAACACUCCUGAGGCGCCCCUGCCCUUGCCCCCACUGCUGUUUGCUGUAUAUAGAGGCUAAGUGGGGCGAAGUGGGCAGGUGUGCACAUGUGGUGUGUGUGUGUGUGUGUGUGUGUGUAUGUGUGUGUGUGCGCGCGCGUGUGCGUGUGAAGAAUGUACAUAGGUAAAGGGGAGCGUGGUCCAGUGGUUCCAGAAGAGGGACAGAACUGUGUUCCAUCCCUAACUUGACCACUGGCUCGCUGUGUGGCCUUGGGCAAGUCACUUAACCUCUCUGUGCCUCAGUUUCCCCAUCUGUAAAAUGGGGGUAAUAAUACUGACCUACCUCACAGGGGUGUUGUGAGGCUUUAACUAGAUGUUUUGUAAAGCGUUCUGAGCUACAGAGACCAAGGCGCCAGGGAAGGGCAAAGCAUAUUUGGACUUGAGGAAGAUGAACUAGUCCCAUAAACGCUGCUAUUCUGAGAGCCAUUUUAAACUGCACUGCUCCACUCCCCCGCUUCUCAUCACCAGGACAGCAGGUCGAGAAAUGUCUUUCCUUGCACUUGCUUCUGGGGUUUGUGAUUCUUCUUUCUUUCCCUUGCUGUAUCUCCCACCGUACCCCCUCAACUCUUUCCUUGUUCUGUUUAUGCGGAAAUGGCAGAAAUGCUUGAGAAAUGAGAAUGUGUAAGUGGAUGGGAAGUUUAUAGUCUGAAUUUUCAAUUUUACUUUGUACUGUACAUCUUUUUACUUUAGAAUUUGCAAUAAAGGGUUACGUCAAUCUUGUUUUCAACUCUC